CUUCGUGAACAUAUAAUGGAUAUCGAAAAAGAUAAAUGGUUAGGUUAUAAAAAACCUUAUAUUUCAAAGACUCUUAAUGAAGUCCUUUUACUACCUGAAGAACAGCCUUCUCUUAAACACGUUGAGGGGACUGUUAAAGAUUUGCCAACUCUUAGACAAAUUGAGAAGGUUAUUGAAGAACUGCCCAUUCUUAAACAAAUUGAGACGGAUAUUAAAGAUCUUAAGGACCUAAAAAAAUUAAUUGAAGAUUUGACAAUAAAUAAAUAA